AUCCCAUUUCUUCAUUUCUCUUCAUUUUUAUUAUGAACUGAAGAAAAUGCUGAAUUUCUUUCACUGAGGAUUUCUGUUUUCCAAAGACAGAAUGCCACAUAAAUGAUCAAUAAAACAUUCAUGUUAUUGGUUGUGGUAUGUGUGGAAUUGGGAAAGAUGAAACGUCGUUCAAUGGACGUCUAAUGUGGACCAUGCGGAACCAACGGCGCCUAUAAAUAUUAGAGAAGAAAGUCUGGAGGACAUUUCAUUGAACAUACCAAACCAGGAGAGUGAAGAACACAACUUAUAGCUGUGAUCAUGUCACAGUUCCUGUUUAUUUUGAUGUUUCUCGCUCUGCUGAUGCUCCAGAUGUUGUUUAUCAAGGCAGAGGAAGAAUGCACAUUAUCUGAAGUGUCAAAGCUCAAGGAAGAGAUACGCAAGCUUAAUAACAAACUGUUCGUCGGCGAGUGGAAAGUUAUGCAUCUGCGCAAUCACCGUCGCUUCAAGUUACAACCACAGGAGCACAAUAACACAUAUGAAAACAACACUGAACCUUUACCAACUUUACCGAGUACUGGGGGAACCUUAUUAGUUCAUGACAGGGAUUGUUCUGAGUUGUAUGAUAGACUCAAACCAGGGUCCGGAUUCUACAGGAUCAAACCCAAAGCGUCAGUAGAACCGUUUCUGGUGUACUGUGACAUGGAUGAUGGAGCGGGCUGGACCGUGAUUCAAAAGCGAAUUAAUGGGAAAGUUAAUUUUGAAAGAAAUUGGGAGGAUUAUAAGAAUGGAUUUGGUCACUUUCAAACAAGUAGAGAUGAAUUUUGGCUUGGGAAUGAUCAUAUUCUCGUCUUGCUUCAUGACGGUGAGAAUGAUAUGAAAAUCGAUUUGAUGGACUGGAAAGGACAGAAGUCCUACGCAAUGUAUGACGGCUUUAGAGUAUCCAAUGAAACGGAUAAGUACCGGCUGCACUAUGGGACGUACAGUGGUCAGGCAGGGGAUGCCCUGUCUGGAGGGGCCAAUAUGGUGGAGCAGUGGUCAGCCUCUCAUUACGGCAUGCAAUUUAGCACCAUCGAUCAGGAUCAUGAUCGCUACAGGCAGGGCAGCUGUGCUGUAGAAAACCGAGGGGGCUGGUGGUACAAUAGGUGUCACGCUGCAAAUCUUAAUGGAAGGUUUUACAGAGAUGGCGAGUACAAAGCCAAGUAUGACAACGGUGUGGUCUGGAGCACAUGGAAAGGGUUGUGGUACUCUCUCAGACACACUUCUAUGAAGAUCCGACCCAGCGGGUACAUGGAUAAUGUAGGUAGCGGAGCAGGACCGGCAGAGUAAAAU